AUGUCAGUUGCGUUCAUCAUGAUCCUGACGCUUUUCACGGCGGUAAUAUCCAAAGGCCUCCGUCCAACACCUCUUACGGACGGCUCAGUUUGUGAGUGUGUCGGAGAAGUAAUCAACUGUAGGGAUCGAGACUUUUCUUUCGUCGAACCAUUUGAGUUUCAUAGCAACCAAGCAGAAUUUACUACUCUUGACCUGAGUAAUAAUCGCCUUUCAGAUUUGGGACGAAGCGUGUUUUCUCCUCUAGAAGUAUCCACCUUGAACCUCAGCAGUAACAACAUUUCCCACGUUCAGGCGGACGUUUUUAACGGCUUACAGCGCUACCUCAGAAGAAUAGAUAUCUCUCACAAUCGGCUCCACACACUUCCUGACAUGAGCCAGUGUCUGUAUGUGCAGUUUGUAGAUGUUCAUGACAACCCUAUUGAUGGAUCUCUGACUGCGGGUGUACAAGCAAGCAGCAAUGAAGAGGGAUUUCUGGACCAUGUCAUGCGAGCGCUUGGUCGAACCAUCGAGGAACUUACGUUUGGUCAUGAGACCAUGUUACAACACUGGCCGAAAACGCUUGAUCAUUUGCAACGGUUAAAGAAAUUGAGUAUCAUCGGUCUUAACAUAGAUAUGCUGUUUACUGGAUCUUUUCAUGGAUAUGAAUAUACUCUAAAGUCGCUAAGGAUUACAAAUGCAAAACUUCAACAAAUACCUGUAGAUAUCGGCCACUUCCACUUACUUGAGGAAUUGAGCUUCAGUACCAUAGUGCCAAAAUACGAUUUGGGUAUCCAUAUUCUACUGGAUCAGCCGUUCCAAACAUUAAACGAAACACUAAAGGUAUUGUCAUUAGAAAACAAUAGUUUCACAGAGAUUCCAUCCCAAAUCAGAUUCCUGACAUCUCUGCAAACUCUUAGCUUAAACGGAAACCCUAUUGAAAGUAUAGCAGACGAAUCUAUUAGUUUUCUCCGGCGCACCAACCUCUCAGAUCUAAGUUUAGCCAACUGCCACCUAAAACGGAUACCAAACCAGCUCGGACAUAUAGCCACCCUUUGCAAACUCGAUUUUUCGUUCAAUAAAAUCAGUGUUAUUGAAUCAGGGGAUUUGUCAAAUGCUGGACAGCUUCAUACAUUGUCUCUUAAAGGAAACCCGUUACAGUUUAUAGGACGCGCAGAGUUCUUUGGUUUGAAUUCGCUGACAACGGUGGACCUUUCCGAUACUCUAUUGUCUGAAUUUCCAAGAGCUGUUCAAAAUCUGCCAAAUGUAAAGUUGAUCAAUCUCGCAGGAACGAGGAUUGAGUGUAUAUGUAAUAUGAGAUGGGUAUUUACUUGGAUAGAAAUGUUUCAAAAGACCACAUUAGAAAUAGUGGGUAACUGUGAGUCUAUUGACCAAUCUUUACAAGAUUAUAUCAAAAUAAGGCUUAAAACGUGCCCUGGUCCUGGUAUUCUUGGAUGAAAAAUUGGGCUCUCUCGUAGAAACAUUGAAGAAAAUAGUUAUAUACAGGAUAAAAAUGCCUUUAUUGUUAUGAAUUCUCACAUGAAGUGCUUGGAAAUGCGAUGCCAUAUAACGCCAGCAUUAUUUCAAACGC